CAGCGUGUUCUCGACCACGAUGAUCAUCAAAUGAUCAUACUAAGUGCUUGUACAGAUCAGUGCAGGAUUGUCAGAAUACAAAGGCGCUUGAGAGCUGAUAUAAAGCGCUCCGAGGUUCUGGUUCUCUCGAUAAUCACGUUCACUUUCUCUCUUGAUCAUAUCUGCAUCAGUCUCAGUUACAGCACCCGCACAAUAUCUUGUUCGGUUUCCUCGAGACUCUAGCUUUCGCUACCCAUCAUACUGGUUUUGAGCCGCAAAAUACUGGUAGACGACGAACGCAACGAUGCAGUUGACGUUCGUAACGGAUUUAGGACAGUCGUAUUCUGUUGACAUCGACCCUGACAUGGAGCUUGAGAACGUGAUGGCUUUGCUAGAGGCAGAGUCGAGUAUACCCCCCAGCGAACAAAGCAUAUCGCACAAUGGACGCGAACUUAUAGAUCCCAAGGCUACCAUCCGGGCGCUUGGCGUAGGCGAGCACGCUAUGCUCCUCUUGCGCAGGCGUGUCAACGUUCCCGGGCCUGAAGGCAGACCCAUAGAACAAGAUGCAGAGAUGAUGAGACUGCAAAUCCUUGGAGAUCCACAACUUAUGAGACAAUUACAAGAGACACUACCGGAAAUAGCUGCUGCUGCCCAGUCCAACCCUACACGUUUUGCAGAGCUCUUGCGACAGCAACGUGACCGCGCACAGCAAGCUGAGCUUGGUCGGCAGCGCGAAAUUUCGGCUCUCAAUGCUGACCCAUUCGAUGUUGAGGCGCAGCGUCGUAUUGAAGAAGCUAUCCGUCAACAGGCGGUCAUGGAAAACAUGGAGCAUGCGCUCGAGUACUCCCCAGAAGCGUUUGGGCGGGUGACGAUGCUUUACGUGCCGGUGGAGGUAAACUCGCAUCCUGUGAAAGCAUUUGUGGACAGCGGAGCACAGCAGACAAUCAGUGUGUCUUAUCCACCAUUUGUGUCUGUCUGUCUGACCUGACUUGACUUGUGCAGUGAGCCCUGAAUGCGCAGAAGCAUGC